UUAAAACAAAAACCUGAACCAUUGCGUGGUUCACUUCUCGGUACAGAUACAGAUUCCAACCUUUUCCUGAAGUCAAUUCGUACAUUCAACUCAUGCUUCAAAUUGACAUCGUUUGGAGCAACAGAAAUAGUUAACAAUAUUGCUGGAAACGGUCAACAUUUCAAUUCCACGUUCAAAAUUAACGGCCAAGUGUAUCACAAAGUGUGCUCAUUGCUGCCAAUGCCGAACGAAUCUCAUAAAUGUUUACAAAUCUACUUUAUGGGUAGUGAGGACUCCACAAGUGCACUCGCCAAUCGUGUGGAUGCACGUUGCGACUACCAUCGGCGAGCUGAACGCUCUGUUAAAUGAGCACGAUAACUUAUUAAAAUUAUUCAAAUCACACAUGCACAAGCUAGAAAGUGACAAUCACGCUAUUGUCAUCAAUCCUGAUAGAACACCAGCUGGAGAGAAUACACGUAGAUCUAACGCACCUGUUGUUAACGGCGUUGCUGGAAUCAUGGUUGGGGACCGUACAGCUACGCGACAAAUUGUGAUUCAAAGAAGAAAUAAUGAUAAUAAUAAUAAUAAUCUUCAGUUCAUCAGUGACACUCACCGUUCAUAUGACGCCCUCCCAUAUCCAUUAAUUUUUUGGAAGGGACAAGACGGAUAUUGCGUUAAUAUUAAACAACGAGAUCCCGUAACAGGAGCCGAAACAAACAAGAACGUUAGCUCGAAGGAUUUUUAUUCGUAUUGUUUGAUGAUUAGACGCGGCCGAGACAACAUCAUUUUACGAUUUCGUGAGCUUUGUCAACAAUUUAUGGUCGACAUGUAUGUGAAGAUAGAGAGUGAACGACUACGAUACUUGCGACAUAAUCAACAGAGGCGUGCGGAAGAAUACAUCCACUUGCGAAACUGUCGUUCGUGUAUAUGGACGACCGUGUCUUUUUAUUACGUUUACAUGUAA